AUGUCGAAUCCGUCAGGAAAACGAUUAACUCGGCGAUUUGCGCAGCUCAUUGCUCUGAUACACGUGGUUGUGGUUACUCCGAUCCUUUUCGAUCUUCUCAACGGUCUUGGUCCUCGAUAUCCGCAAUGCAUUUGUGCUCCUCCACCUUGCGCAGCGGCUGCGACAGCAUCUGCAACCAGUGUAUCUGGGGCUGCAGCUCCAGAACCAGUACCACUUCGACGUCCAGCGUACAGCGAUGAAGAACAAGCACUCAGAGCAUCACCCUACUCAACUGGCUAUCCACCAGUACCACCGCCACCACCACCAUCACCGCCUUAUCCAUUAAGGCAGCCAUAUAGGCAAAGGUUCCGUCGGUAUGCGUUAAUUUUUGUAGACAGCUCCAAUUGA